UUGACUAGUCUGUUCAGUAUUCAGCGAAACGUUUCGCGACGUAGAUCUCCGUCUUGUCCAAAGUUUUUCGAAUGUUGUUCCAAAGUUCUAUUGUUUCCUUUAUUCCGUGUUUCUAUAAGAAGUUUUCCAAAGUGCACUGCUUCGUUUAGUUCUUUUGCUGCAAACAUCGGGAGCACAAGCGCGAUAUUAUGCGGUGAAAACUUGUCUCCGAGAAGUGAAAAAAGAACCGCACAUCCAUCAGGCGUUGGAAAAUAUAUCAUCAUCAGCAGGCAGCAUCGACAUCGACAGCAUCCAACAUCAACAUCGUCAGUUCCUGACAGACAGGGUGCUGAAAAGUUACAUCGCCUCGCCAUCAUAAACACACAUAUUACGGCAAAGCAAACUCCGUUAUCCGCAAUCCAGAAGCUCCGCCGAUCGAGGACAGCAGCGGCGUCGCGACGACCCCGUUGGAAAAAGCGGGUGGCGUCGGUGGCAUAAGUGACUGUGUUGUUCCCCCUGAGCGAUCACAUAUGCAGAUAGGAACGAACCCACUCUACAAAAACCUUCCGGUGGAAAACUGUAGCCAGCUAUACCAACAUACAUACAUAUAUUAUCUAUAUUAUAGCGUUUUUCGGGCACAAGCCAACUAAAUAACUCAUGCCGAACCGAGGGGCGGUUGCCAGUGGGAAAACUUAUUACCUCAGCUAGGGCGGAAAACUGCAUCAACCCUAAAUCUGCUACCUACUGAACGCCCAGCCAACCGAGCUCAGGCAGCUAACAACGGAAGUUGCUCAUUAUUAAAAUUGCUUUUGGGUGAAAUUCGCGCGGAAGCCAUUUUGUACGAGGUGCCAAAAUAAUAAUCCAUUAUCCGCAGAGAAAAUCGUCGAGAACAGGAGGCGGGAGCGAGUUGGUAUCAGCAGGAGGUUCAGCGGAUCAACAGUAGGCAGUGACAAACAUGGCCUACUACAGCAAAUUUGGUGCUACCCUGCUCUGGGCGGCGAUGCUCUUGGUGGCAUCAAUCAGUGCCGAAGAAAAAUGGUCCUGGUCUUCUUCCGGCAAGAAUCGCGAAACAGGAGGUGGAGGCCCAGCCACAAACAACGACAGAUUGAAUGUUCGCAGCGAUGUCAUCGAAUUCCAGGAACCCAAACGAAUCUACCCGCAAACAUCGUCCGGAAACAGACAAGCUCGAUAUGAAGUCAAGGAAUCUACCACGCGUAGACCAGCGCUCAAUCGACCGGCCAAUGAUGAGUUUUCCGGAGAAGUGAAUGGCAAUCAGCAAAACGAUUUCGGAUUGAAUCAGCGUUUCGGUGGCCCAGGACAGUUCGGGCCAGGUGGUGGAAACCCGUACGGUUUUAAUCCGGCCUUCGGUGGCGGGUAUGGUGGAGUCAAUCCCUACGGUGGAGGAUUCGGAGGUGCUGGUGCUUUCCCGGGUCAAGGAUUCGGUCAUGGUCAGGGAGGAUAUGGCGGAGUAGGAGGUUACGGAGGAGCAGGGGCUAAUGGGGUGCUGGUGGGUCCAGAAGGUCCAACUGGGAUAAUUGGUCGACCAUACAAGGGAUUUGGUGGAAAUUAUCCGGGAGGUCCAGGAGGAUUCGGUGGAUAUCCACCAUACGGAGGAUUUGGAGGUGGUGGUGGUGCACAUGGAGGAUAUGGAGGACGUCCCGGUGGAUAUUAUCCACCUGGAGGAAUUGGUGGCUUCCCAGGUGCAGGUGGAUAUUAUGGAGGUGCUCAGGGACCUUACGGGCAUGGACAUGGACAAUUUGGUCCUGGUGGAAUUGGUGGUCCUAUUGGAGGAGGAUUCGGAGGACCAGCUGGUGGUCCAUUCGGGGGAGGGCCAUUCGGUCCACAAUUCGAUCAAGCCAAAGCAGCCAACAAAAAAGUAGAGAAGAAAUCCGUUUGAUCUGUUAUUCUGUUGUUAAUUUCCCAUGACACUCAUUGUUAAUCCGAGCUAGAUGUAUUUAUUGAA